UUCUACAUCCUGCAAUCAGUCUAAACAACAUAAGUUUUCAAAAUCCUAAAAGAUGUGCUACGUAAAUAGUUUUUGCCAAUAUUUUGCUAAUCGCUACCCGAAGAGAUUUGUGAAAAUAGGUCACCCUCUUUCGGCAAUCUUCGUCUUGAGCUGCACAGCGUUCUUCUUCUCUUUGCAGAUGUUUUACAUUGCGCCCAAAGUGUUUGGCGACUUGGCUUACAAGCUCUACUGGAUAUUUUCCACCUUCAUAACGCACAACAUCCUUGGUAACAUGAUGGCCAGCUAUAUGACAAGCUCAUCAGUGAACACUUUGUCCAAGGAUUCCCAAUUCCCGUCUCCGGAGGAGGAGCACCUGUGGCACCAUUGCGAAAUCUGUAAAAAACUCAGCCCUCCACGAUCCUGGCACUGUGUUUUGUGCAACACCUGCAUUUUGAGGCGCGACCACCACUGCAUAUUCAUCGGCAAUUGUAUUGGACACAAUAAUCAGCGAUAUUUCUUCUGGUUCACAUUUUAUUCAACGCUCGGCCUACUCGUAAGCUUUGCUACCCUUUAUAUGUAUGUGCUGCAGAAUGGCGGGCACUUCAAGAAGCUUUCGUUUUUGAUUGUGGAUGUAAUAAGUUGGAUUUUUUACCAACAUUAUAGUGCCAAUACUUUUGAGAACCUAGCGUUCCUCCUCAAUAUUAGCGCCAGCUUUAUGCCUGGCUUUAUGCUGGCAUAUCAAAUGCUGAUUUUAAGUCAAAACUCUUCGUACUACAACAUUUUCGAUUGCACCUACGAUCUGGGUUUCCAAAAAAACUGCCAGUCUAUAAUGGGCCAACAAGGACUCUGGACUUUUAUAUCGCCCUUGCUGAAGAGUCCUUUGCCUCACGACGGUGCACGCUGGCAGAUCAAGAAGUCUCACUAAAUUAAUGGACGUCUCACAAUAAAUUGUAACGUAUUAUUAAAUAUAGGAAAAAAAUUUCCAAGCUGUGUGCAUUUCAACAAGCCAA